GACCAGAGAACCAGUCUCUCCAGGGAGACAGCGCUUAUUGUACAAAGUUACAGUUGCUUCAAAUUAGAAGUCUUGGCAAGUGGCGGUGAAAAGGAGUGGGGUUUAGUGCAGCAGGGAAAACUUCAUCAUCUGCAACUUGUAGUCUAGUGCUUCACCAGAGAAAACAUUCGCUGUCACUGUGGCUGCAGCCUUGUACAAGAGGAUUACAAAAUUAAAAGGCUUUCUCCCCGUACAAAUUUAUGGGACAGUCUGGCUGUGAGAUUUUUCCUGGGAUGUUGGAUGACAAUAUUCCAAGAUAAGCCUGCGGCGCGUCGUCGUGGCAACCGGCCGGCCCACGCACGUCACUUCCUGUGCUGUGGUGACGCAGAAACCGGAUGUGCCGAGCGGGGAAGCCCGGUGGACCGCGAUGCACGCUGCCGUAAGGGGGGGCAUAUGAUGUUUAUUUUGCUAUACAUUACAAGCUUUGCUCUCUGUGCCAGUGGACAACCAUUGAACAAUAAAGCGAAAGGAGAACAGCAGAACGUAAGGUAUGUCUGUAGCGUACCAGGACUGCCAGGGCUGCCAGGAUCCCCUGGUACAAGUGGAUUAGUUGGACCUCACGGAAGGAUUGGUCUACCGGGAAGAGAUGGGAGAGAUGGUAGGAAAGGAGAAAAGGGUGAGAAGGGCACUGCAGGAUUGCGAGGAAAAACAGGACCACUUGGACCUAUUGGAGAAAAAGGAGAUCAAGGAGAGCCUGGCAAAAAAGGACCGAUAGGGCCACCAGGAGACAAAGGGGAAUUUGGACCUGAUGGACCAGUUGGACCUAAGGGUGAUGCGGGCAUAAGGGGAGGUAGGGGAGAACCUGGGGUGUGCCAAUGUGGCAGCAUAAUGCUAAAAUCUGCUUUUUCAGUUGGGAUCACUACCAGCUACCCACAAGAAAGACUGCCCAUUCUUUUCAACAAAAUUAUCUUCAAUGAGGGUGAGCAUUACGACCCAUCCCUUGGGAAGUUUAUUUGUGCUAUUCCCGGUAUAUAUUAUUUCUCCUAUGACAUCACAGUUGCAAACAAGCACCUGGCCAUCAGCCUAGUACAUAAUGGAGAGUACAAAAUAAAGACUUUUGAUGCCAACACGGGAAACCAUGAUGUUGCUUCAGGCUCAACCCUACUCUACCUAAAGCCAGAAGAUGAGGUCUGGCUGGAGAUAUUUUUCACAGAUCAAAAUGGUCUUUUUUCAGAUCCCAGUUGGGCAGACAGUUUGUUUUCUGGAUUUCUUUUAUAUGCAGAUACUGAUUAUCUCAAUGCUUUGGCUGAUGAUGAAUUUUGAUGCACUACAGAAUCCGUGAAAUGAGCUUGUUGAAAAAUCUCUGUCACCCAAUAGUCCGUGGAGGUGUACUAGAAAGCUGGAGGCCACAUAAAUGCAUUCAAGUACCAUGUAUGGGCUUUAACUAGCUUGUUGGACAGUUACACCAUUAAGGUAUGAUAAGAGCUUCACAUGGAAUAUAUUGGAGAUCCAGAUUUAGCCAGCAGUAAAAGAAAUAUAUUGUAAACUCACCAUACGGGCAAUGUGAAUCUAGAACCAUUUGUUGAGCACUUGUUAUGAAAUCUUAGAUAGCAAAUAAGGAUAUUGUAUUAUUUUUAUUGAACUUCAAAUAUGAUGUUUAAUGUGUAACAACAACAAAAACACAUAUUUAUUAUUUAAGACAAUCAUUUUCUUCAAAUCCACAUUAUUUGCAUUUAUUAAUGUGUGAUGUGCUAUAAAUUGGGUAUUGUAGGUGAAUCUCUGGUAUUUAUAUUAAUAUGGGAUUACUGGAUUUUGCAUACAGACUAAUAGAUUACAGUAGACACAAUUGUUAAAAAAAAUACUGCAAUGGUGGAUAACAUAAAUAAUUCAGGAGUCUAUCAAGCCUUGGAGCCAUCGGGAUAUUUUACGGAGCAAGAGAAGAAGCUUACCCAUUGACUAAAAACAAUUCCCCCCAAUGUUAAUCAUCAAAAGUAUUUAUUUUGUAGUGUGGUUUUCCUGGCUCCUAUGGAUUUUCCAGUCUAGGGGAAUUACAGGGUCAUCCAGAAUUAGUAACAUGAUAUA